AUGGCGUCCGUUGAGACGGAGCUGAGACUGGGGCUGCCUGGCGGCGACGGGGAGGCCGCGAGGAGCUCCGGGAAGAGGGGCUACUCGGAGAUCCUCGACCUGAAGCUUAAGUUCACGGCGGCAGACGAGGAGGACGGCGCCGGUGUCACCGCUGCUGGAGAGAAAAUGAAGAAUUCUCCCAGCCAAAAGAGCCUCAUCGUCGCUGUGGCGGCGGCGGACACAGAAAAGCCCCCCGCUCCCAAGUGAGACUCACCUUCUCUCUCUCUCUCUCUCUCUCUCUCUCUCUCCUGUUGAUUUUUACCGACGGCUUCCGCCGGAUGCUUCGAGGAAUUCGAUCUAGAAGAAUUGCCAGGGCUUCCUGAAUCUUGGGCUGUUGAAGUGACGGUUGAGAUCAGAAGGUCCAUAUUCAGCUUUUUGCCCAUCAGCAGGAAUUUUCGUGACUGGGAGAUGGAUAGAGAGAGAGAGAGAGAGGGAGAGAGAGAGAGAGAGAGGUCUGUUUGUCUCUCUUUCUUUUGUUAGCUUUCGGCUGGUCUUUAUUGAUAUGUAAUUGAAGUUCAUUGUCUGGUUCGUAUUCUCUUCAAAUUACUCGCACGAUAGAUACACAUACGUAUCUAUAUAUAUAAAGAGAGAGAGAGAGAGAGAGAGAGAGAGAGAGAGAGAGAGAGAGAGAGAGAGGGGGGGGGAGAGGGAGAGGUAGAGAGGGUGGGGCAAUUUCCCUGUGCCUGGGUUUGUUCUUCUCUCUUUUUCCAUUCAAGCAAGCUGCCUCAGAUCUCGUCUCACCAAAGACCAUUAGGGAAAGAGAGAGAAAGAUAGAAGGAGCAUAGGGGGGGAGUAUCGGAGAUAGAGAGAGAAGGAAAUUCCCUAUUCCCUCCAAGAAAGAGAGAAAGUGAGUAUGAGAAGGGAGAACUUUCUUAAUCCAUUAUAACAGAGAGAGGCUGGCUCUAUGAUUGUGGCAGGGCUCAGGUGGUGGGGUGGCCGCCCGUCAGAUCGUUCAGGAAGAACAUCCUCUCCGUCCAGUCCGAGAAAGGCGGCGCAAAGGAAGACAAGGACAAGUCCGGCGGCGGUGUGCCGCCAUCGUCAGUGGCGGCGGCCGCCUUCGUGAAGGUUAGCAUGGACGGCGCACCAUACCUGCGCAAGGUAGACCUGAAGACUUACGGGAGCUACGCUGAGCUUUCCAAGGCCCUGGAAGAGAUGUUCGGUUCCUUCACUGGCUCCGGUAAGAUGCUCUCAUCUGAUCUCCUUCCUCGUAAAAACUCCGGUUUGAAGACUCUGGUACCUACUGAGCGAUGCUGCCCACGAAUGCCCAUUGAGUUCUUCCCAGCGAGAGAAAGUAAGAUAGAUAGAUAGUGAUAGAGAGAGAGAGAGAGACAGUGUCAAUCAUAGCUGCGGCUAUGUUUGAAUUCUUUGCCUAGAGAGGUAGCGGUGAAGAGGGCGGGCGCAGGGGAGGGGGGUAGCGCAGAGAGAGAGAGAGAGAGAGAGAGAGAAUAGUAUCAACUAUAGCUGUGUCUAUGUUUAAAUUCUUCACUCAAGACAGGUAGCGUUAAAGGGAGGGGGAGAGAGAAAACAGUAUCAACCAUAGCUGGGUCUAUGUUCGAAUUCUUAGCCUAGCGAGAGAGAGAGGGUGGGGGAGAGAUAAAACAGUACCAAUCAGAGAAAACAGUAUCAACCAUAGCUGGGUCUAUGUUCGAAUUCUUCGCCUAGCGAGAGAGAGAGAGUGAGUGAGAGAGAGAAGAUCCUAUUGUCCACAGAGAAUGUAUAACCUUUUUUCUUUGGACGGCUAGAAUAGUUGGCAGCCCUUUCUUCCCGGGUCCAUCUUCCACCUCAUCCCCCCACCCCUCCCUGGGAAAACCCAGCAUGCCGCCGCGACUGUUACCUUUCUACGCUAGGGUUUGCACUUUUUCUGGCAAUUUGUUAAGAUCAAUGUUUGAGAAACGUUGCCGAAAGUUUUUUCCGUUUGGUAAACCACCGUGUCAUGUCGCUGUUUGAAAGAAAAGAAGUACCUCGACUUUGACAAUCUACUUCUUUUGAUCUUAGUUCCUAAAACUGAGACAGAGAUUAACGGUACUGUUGAUAGAGGGCCCGUCUGGUUGAUAUAGGCAAAUAAUGGCUGUUGUUCGAGCUCCGCCAUUUCGGUGAGGGCAUCGUUGACAUCUUCCCCUCUGAACUGCUUUUUCGCAGAAGCUGCCAGGGGAGACGGCGGCUCCCACCUGAGGGAUUUCAUGAGCGAGAGGAGGAAGACGACAGACCUCCUCAAGGGGUCUGAUUACGUGCCCACCUACGAGGACAAGGACGGCGACUGGAUGCUCGUCGGCGAUGUCCCUUGGGAGUACGUAGCUACUGAUCUGAUCACUCCCCUCCUCAUCGUUCCAAUCAUGAUGAACGCGAUGAAGACCUCCCUCCUAACCCCAUAAUGAACUGAGUAUUCGCUUCCUCUAACGGCUCUAAAAUAAUCAAGGCCUCCCCCCCUCUCUCUAGGUUUCUCUCUGUAUUAUAUACACGGGCCGAUGGAAUCGAUCUCCUAACCGGGUACUUCCCUGCAGCAUGUUUGUGAACUCCUGCAAGCGUUUGAGGAUAAUGAGGGGCUCUGAAGCCGUCGGACUGGGUUAG